UUCUGUAUGAUGAUAAAAUGUCUGCAGUCAAAUCUGUGUUUGAACAGUGAAAAGAGCGAUACCUCUUCACGGAGCUGCUGUUCGUUUUAUCAAAAUAGUCUCUUAAUCCUAUCCUCAUACUUCAACCCCACCCGACAACAAUGGGUUAGUUCAUGUUGCUUUUCAGAACGGAUUAAUGACAGCUGCGUUCCAUCUUGGUGGAUCGACGGGUAGGCUUAACUAUAGCACUGUCCCACCUAGUAUUGCAACAAACUUAAGUUACCUUGUUUUUAUAAGGUGUUUGUAGCUGCUUUUACUGUAGUGAGCACAGUGAGGUUUUAUCUUAUUCACGCCUGUCAGCAGUGAAGGGAGCAACUAUCUUAACGUUCAGCUAAGUUAAGUAGCACCAUCUUGACAAGAAGUCUUCUUCGCCCAAAAAAACCCUGUACUUUUAACAAGCCAUGGCCUCCGCUCCUCCACACAACUUUUCCUGGGUUGAGCCAGGCAAACUGGCUGGCAUGGCCAUGCCCAGGAUGCCAUGUCAUUACCAAUAUCUGCUGGACAAUGGUAUCAAACACCUGAUUUCUCUGAGUGAAAGAAAACCACCUUAUCACGACUCAUGCCCAGAGCUACAACUGCAUCACAUCAAGAUCGCUGACUUCACUCCUCCUUCAUCAAGUCAGAUUGAUCUAUUCCUCUCUAUCGUGGAUGAGGCCAACUGCAAGGGGGAGAGUGUGGGAGUUCACUGCCUGCAUGGCUAUGGGAGAACGGGGACCAUGCUGGCCUGCUAUCUGGUGAAAACCAGGAAGAUUUCAGGGAUCGACGCCAUCAAUGAGAUCCGGCGACUGCGGCGAGGCUCGAUCGAAACUCAUGAGCAAGAGAAGGCAGUGGUACAGUUUUACCAGCGAACAAAGUAGAUUUUACAGUUAAAACACAGUUCUGCAUUUGGAAGGAAACAGAUGCAACAAUGAUUAUUACAGUUAUUAAACUUAGAAGUGCCUCAAUUAUAUUCCUAAUGAAUACUUCAUUAUCUAGGAAUACAAAAAUACAAAAACCUAUGUUCAAACAGGUGAUUAAAACAAAUUUUAUCCUGGAUAAAAAUACUGAACUGAAAUGUUGAAAUUGCACACAGUAGGUCAAGGUCAAGGUGUUUGUCAUAUGCACAGUUAGGAAACGUCUUUCCCUGUACAAUGAGAUUCUUACUUUG